UUCUGUGUCUUCGCAAACUAAAGGGUGAGUACAGUUUGCUCCCUACAAAUUGAUUUGUUACCGCACAUUUAACGACAUAAGAGAUCUAAUUCACUCCGUUUUAUGAGCAGUACCACAGUAGGUUCGACAGUCUGCGAUAUUUUUGUUUGGCAAGUUAAAUGUCCAAAGGUGAAGCUAGGCAUUUUAAUGAUGUUCCGUUAGUACGUUAACAAGAACUGACUCCGAUCUUUUACCUUUCUACCUUUUGUUACUGGCGACGCAGGUGUGCCACAUUGACCCAUUCCUGUAAUGUGAGCAGGUGGUACUAUUUGCGAUGGAGUGAAAUGCAGGAAGGUCGACCCGAACACUUUCGAUGGAGGUAGAAAUUUGUUACUCGAAAGAUCUGCCUACGGGGUCUUUAGUAAAGCUUAUUCGCUUCCCAUUGAUCGCUCCAUAUUUGCUCUCUUUUUCUGUUUCAUAUGUGAAACAGCAUGUGCAUCUUGCAAUUCAACAAUGCUCGCGACUGUCAACAAGCCUACGAUGAAUGCCUUCAAGGAAAAGAAAUUGGUGGACAGCUGCUGCAGGCGGAACUCAACGGAGAUUAUCAUUCCAGUUCGUCAGAAAAUUUAAAUGUCAGCCAGCAUUAUGGAGGCAAUUCCAGGGAUUUCAGACGUUCACAUGCCGAUAAUGAGUACAGCCAGCCCACAUAUGAUCCGCAUAGUAGAACUGAUAGUGAAAGUUCUUCCAACGCUUCUUGUACACUCACCGUGUCAAAUCUUCCCUAUACAGCAUCUGAAAGAGAUAUUAUGCGCGAGUUCCCAGAAGCCCUCCGAGUGGCACUUUCGUUAGACGAGCAGGGACGUUCCAGAGGUGUUGCUCACGUGACUUUCUCGAAUUCCGACCAGUGCAGCGCCGCUCUUACUUCCUGCGGAAAUAAGAUGAUGGGCGGUAGGCCUGUACGUGGACGAAUCCAGAGAGACCAGGAGCACAAUCAACAACCGAGUUAUAACAAUCAGCGCCCUUAUAAUCGUGACCAAAGAGAAUACGGUCAACGUAAUCAACGCGACUACAACCAGCGUAAUUUCAAUAAUCGAGAUCACACCAACCAGCGUGAAAACGGUAACCAGAGAGAUGGCAAUCAACGUGAGUACAAUCAGCGUGAUUAUAGUGGUCAACGUGACUACAACAGACAAGGUAAGUUUAUUUUGUCAGGCAACUAACUGGUUUAGUUGUUCCAUUAUGACAGGCAGUGUAACUAUUUUCUUUUUUUGGUUUCAGGUAGGCAGUUCGACUACAAUUCAGGCAGAGGCGAAAGAGAUGUAAACCGUUUCCAAGGUGCUCCAGCUAAUCGAGGCGGGUCACGCGAGUUUGGUAGAAAUGACCGCUUCGAACGAACAGAUCAAAGACGAGAUCGCAGCCCAGCCAGAGGAGAGCCAGUUCGUGGGUACGGCAGCUCAAAAGGACCCCGAAUAACAUCAGCCGUAAUUCACCGUCCAGGAAAUGCCAGCCCUUCGGAGUCGUCCUCUUCAGAUGAGGACUAAAUAUCCUGGUAUUUUUCAGGGAUUUCCUUACUGGUGCGCCGUGCAAAUACUUUUAUUAACGU